AUGUGGAAGCUACCAUCCCCUGCGCAUGUGAUGUUCCUCGUUGCUCUUUCAUCCACCGAACCACAUGAAAUCAGCCCGAGUACUGUUGUUCCCCCAGGUCAGGGCUACCUCGUGGAGACGGUCCCUAAUUGGCCUGUUCCCCCUGUAACACCAGACCAACUGCAAUAUUACCACCGAAGCAGUUCCUCUCCUCAAGGAUUAUUGCCCUUUGUUGCAGGAGUCGCCAGUACCCUUGUGCUUCUAUACCUUAUCUUAAGCUGUUACCUCCAAAUCCAUACUGUUGCGGCUAACUUUACUCAUUCCCGCUACCUAGCGGAAGGACCAUCUCGAGCGUGUGUUGCUGGAGGGGACAGUGCCACGGAUUUUACAAGUCCAGAGGAUUUAAAGGCAGUUUCCGCCGCAAAUGGCCAGCUCUUUUUUCUAAGUCUCGCAGAUGGUGAAGCAGCGAAUCUCACGCAACAAGAGCGCUUGUCCGUUGCAGACGCCAAGUGUUGCUUGAACACUUCAGUUGACCGGCUUCGAGUUCUGGCCAGGGAACUCCAGACGGCUUUUGGAGACGAAUUAGAGAGAAAAUCCAGAGAGAGAGAUGAUCUACGAGCCCGACUCAGACACCUGAGUUGGAAUUCUGCUCAGGAUGUUGCUGCAUUACUUUAUAGGUCCAGCUCAUAUGGCACAGGACGAGCGCUGUCACGUGACGCAGCUGCAGCUAUUGUUGCGGCGAAGAGAGUCAAUAAUCCGAGCAAGCGCAUGCCAAGUGCGCUGACAGAAAAGGAUCGAGAGACCGUACAGUGUCUAGUGAAGCAUCUCCGCCAGGAAAUAUGUGAGAUCACCUCUAUGCUUCGGGCACAACGCGAAAUUGGGGCUGACGAAGUUGAGCGUGCGAAUACAGUUUUAGUCGACGUGGAAUACACAACCUUGCAACUACGCUCUGCCAACCUGCUUGAUGUCUCAACAUCACUAGAAGAAGCUUCGCGGCAGGUCCGAGAGUUGGUCUCCCAGGGCACACACAGACCAAAAAAGAAGAGCAGUUGGCUCGGAUUUAUGUCAAGGCUUUCCAUUGGUAGUUCUAGAGCUGAAUCUAGGCAAAAUUUGGCAGAACAAGCGCCUCAGAACCCUUCGGCAGCAUCGAAAUCAACUGGUGUCCCAACAGAACAGGCUCCAAUGAGCACACAAGGCGGCCUUUCGACACCUCUCUUAUCCCGCCAAUCGCCUCUAAGAAGAUCCGUCUCUGCAACAUCCCGUAAGCCGCCACCCGGUCCAGGAGGUCAUGGCAACCGGAGCCGUCAGAAGGCCGACAAACCUCGCCGGCCUGGACCCUCUUCGGUACCGAGACGGCCACCCCUGAACGAAGACGAAGUGAUGCAACAUAUCAAGGAUUUAUUACUAUGGAUUCCUAAGGCGCAGACCAUUCUCGACAAGGCGUGCAGAGGCGUUGUUCUCGAUGAAUUCGAUGUUACUGUGUCGGAAGGGGCCGAAACAUAUAAAAUUAUCGCUAGUGUCGAGGUGGAAGAAUCGGUUAGCUCCGCAAGAAGGUCAGCUUUUACGGAGGCGAGAGCGCGAGUGCACGGUUUGUUAGGAAGCCUGCAUGAACAACUGUCAGAUGAUUGGUUGAAGAGGGCUUUGCAAAGUAUCUAUACGGUGAAGUGUGCGCAGCGGGAUUUGCUACAAGCUAAGAUAAAAGGCUCAACAGAUAGGAUUCCACAUGCAGGGGAUCCUUACAUCGGUAAAGCACUGUAUCUCAAGAGUGCUGUGGAUUUAGGAACUCGGACCUUAGAAUCAAUAUCUCGCUGUGGUUGUGGUCAUUUGCCUUGCGCCGAUGCGGGCCUUUGUGAUACCCUAGAAGACCUUGAAACUCUCCUCUUUGAUGCGAAGUCGGAUCUGGAGAAUGUAGUGGACGCAGCUGCUUCCGUUUGGAUAUUGACUGUACAAGGACACACACAAACAGGCAGGCCAGAAGCAUCUGACACACCACACACCUCUUCUGCAGAGCCGUCUGCAACCAGUCAACAGGACGAAAAAGAGAACAUGCUAAAAGAGGCAGCAAGUAUCCUGGAGGUACUCGAAAGCUUUGAGAGGCCCACAACGAAGCUUGCAGAACUCAAAGACGCCUUAAAAGGAUUGUGUCCCGAGCUUGCUAGGCAGGAAGAAAGUUCCACAAGAAGCUCAAGCAUCCGACGUCUCUUGCAGUUAACUCUGAAAAGUCCCUCGUUGCGCAGGAGUAAAUCGACGCCCAAGUCACUGACGUGA